AUGCCUCCUCGAUUAAAGGAUUCCGAUGAUGAAAAAGACACACAAAAUCAACAGCAGUACCAAGACAAAAAUGAUCAUCGCAUCACAUUCCGAUGCUGCUAUUUCACCAAUUGUUGGAUGAAUUUUGUUCCUUCUUUGUUUCAUCAAAAACACAGAAAAAGCCAUUCGGAGAGAAAUAAUAACACAUUAUUCUUCUUUCUAUUAUUUAUGUUGGUAGCAGCAGUGUUAUCAUCAUCUGUCUCAUUAUUUAUACAACGUCAUCAAGACAAUAUUCAUUAUCACUUGCGGGAAAAUUUUAGAAAAGAUUUUUAUGUUCAUGCACAGGGAUAUUUGCCGAGUGUGGACACGGUACAACAAGCACUAACAGUUGAAACAAUGAGAAGUGACGCUGUUAGCUUCGUCCUUUGCAAUAACAGUUUUACACCAUUUAAUUUAACCUUUUAUGUUGGAAAACUACACAAUCAAAUCACCAAUAGCCCUAAUGACGAAGUAUGUGGACUCACAGAUCCAUGCUCGUCCAUGAAUGAAGUCUUUGACCAGUUUUCCUCUCUAUUAUUGAAGGACAUGGAGACGUAUGCAUGUUUAUAUUACCAUAUGACCAUUGUAGUUCUCAAUGACCUUACAGACACCAGUUCACAAUCUACUUCAAAUUGUAAGAACACUGUUCCUGAAGUGAAGAAAAGUCACAACAGGGUUAGAGUUGACUUGACAGUGACAAGCGUUAAUCACGAAAAUCCAAGUACUAUCACUUGCUUCUAUGAGGAGGAUGGAGAACGAUUGGAAUUCAUUACAGACAUAUCGGCAAUAGUAUUUCUCUAUUUAUAUCAUAUCAAGAUGAAAAAUAUAUAUUUGAACCCGCUUACCGUUCAACAUGCAACAAUUAUCAACAGUAAUGUAGACAUAGCUCGGGCAUUGGAUUCUGCUGUUAUUGAAAACUCAGAUUUUUUAGAGAGUAGAAUACUUAUUGCUACAAAAACUUCUGCUUCAUUGCGAAAUAUAAAAUUGUCCGGAGGAUUAAUGAUUAAUCAGUGCUCUCAAAUACUCAUAGUUAAUCUAACAUGCUAUGAAGAUGACAAUGCUAAGCGAUAUGGUUAUUUGGAAAUAUCAACAGUUGAUGAUUUUCUUAUGAGGGACUCAAAUUUAUUGUUUGGGCUUAGAGGACAUGCCAAUUUCGAUUCAGUUAUAUCCAUUGCCAUAAUAGAUAGCAAUUUCGAAUAUGUUUCAACAUCGCCGUCUCGAACAAAUGAAAGCCUUGAAUAUGUGAUAUCAGUUGAAUUGGUGUUCCGCCUCAACAUUUUGGGAUGUACAUUCUCAAAAAGAAAUGAUGGACAAGGAUGGUUGAAAGUUGUAUCAGGUGGAGUUAUCUAUUUUUCACAUCUACACGUAGCAAACAAUACAUGUGAUGUGGAAGGCCUUUUCUUAUUGAAUAUUUGCCAAUCCAUUCGGAUUUCUGAUUCUUCAUUUCUGAACAAUGUUGCAAAUAUGGCAGGUGCACUUUAUAUUAUUGCUGUUAAGGAUUUAAGCAUUGUAGACUCGUCAUUCGAUAAUAACUAUGCCGUUGCUGACACAGGAGCAGUUGGCAUAACCCAAGCCUUUAAUUCUCGAAUUAAAGGAUGUAAGUUUCGCAACAACACGGCCAAUAACGGCAGCGGAGGUGCCUUAUCAUUGAAGUAUUCUGAAAUGUUCAUCUCACACACGACUUUUGUCAGAAAUAGAGCUACUAUUUCAGGAGGAGCGAUAUAUUCAUACUCUUCUUGGUUGACAGCAGUGGAAUUUUGCACAUUUGAAGAAAACACGGCUCAGUAUCAAGUCUAUGAUGAAUCUUGUUUUGAUACAUCAAGUAACCCCCAUGGAAGUGGAGGAGCAAUCGCUAUGUAUUAUAGCACCUCAGACACGUUUAUGGAAACGUCAUUUGUGGGUAACAAGGCAUCAAGAGGAGGAGCCGUCUUUAUAUCCAAUGACAUAAGGUUUAUAGCGAUCAAGUUUGAGAAUAAUUUUGCUUCCAUUUCUGGUGGUGCAUUGUUCGUCACCAAUAAGGCAUCUAUGACAAUGAGAAACGUUUCCAUGUUGGAAAACAUAGCCACAAUUUAUGGUCCAGAUAGUUCAACCCCAAUAGCAUAUUUUUCUGAAAUUGUAGAGACAAUUCCACCAACAUCAUCGAGUGACAUAAUCUCCAUUUAUCCUGGACAGAUCUUCAUUGUGAAAUUUAUGAAAAUGUAUGAUCGAUACAACAAUUAUAUUAAGAGUGUCAAAGAAUGCCCCACUCUAUCACUCUCUGACAAUAGAUUUCUAUUGGAAUCUAACUUUACUCAGUUAGACAGUAAUGUAAUAACAUUGACCAUCACGAUUGAUCCAAGUAUUGACAUUGGAUUGAACAACUAUGGAAUAUCAAACACACUUAACAUUGGAUUCAUCGAAAGUGACACUCAUAACUUGACAAUCCUUCUUACCUCUUGCCCAACAGAUUACGUCAUUAAGAAUGGAAAAUGUGCUCCAGGAUUCCCUUUUAGCCAGGUUAUCCCAGGGAUCAUUAUUGGAUCGUUGUUAUUUAUGCUUAUCGGUAUUAUUCUUGGCUCAUUUUUGUGCUCACUUUGUGGAUUUGGAGCAUGGAGAGCAUUUAAAAAGGUUAGAAGUAUUUACGCUAGACAAAGGUCAGAAAAAGAAAUUGAAGAAAAAUUAUUGACCUACGAUGUUUCAUAUGGAUCAUUGAAUUCUGAAAUCCAUAUCUCAAAAACGUCAAACUAUAUUAUUCCAGCAAACGACUUGAAAUUCGAAAAGAAAAUUGGAGAGGGUGCAAGUGGAAGUGUGUAUCAGGCCAAGUACAACAUGAUCGAUGUGGCUGUGAAAUCAAUUAUACGAACAGAGGAGACGGACGAGAUUUUUGAAAAAGAGGUUAUGUUAUUGGUCCAAUUACGCCAUCCCAAUAUUAUUAGUUUUUAUGGAAUUUGCAUAUCAGAGACUCAAAUGUAUAUUGUUGUUGAGUUAGGAAAGAAUGGAAGUCUGGAACAAUUGAUAACUAACAUGAAAAAAGGAAAGAUCAAGAAGACAUUGAAGGAAAAGCUCAAAAUACUGAUCGGUGUUGCUAAUGGCAUGAAGUACCUACAUGGACUGAAUCCUCAAUACUUAAUUCAUAGAGAUUUGAAACCAGCGAAUAUUGUGCUUGAUCAAUCGAAUGUUCCAAAAGUGUGUGACUUUGGUUUGAGUCGUACUGUGUCGAGCUCUCCAACCAAGUCGUUAACAACAAAUAUUGGAACUCUAAUUUACAUGUGUCCUGAAUUGAUUUUGGAAGACGAUUCUGAACCGCUACAUCAACUCUCACGAGAAAAUGCCACAAAAAUUGACGUCUAUUCAUAUGCUAUCAUCAUGUAUGAAUUAUUCUAUGAAGAGACAGCGUAUUGGAAUGAGAACUCUGAGAAAAUUAAUUAUUUCAAUCAUUUGAUUAAUGAGCAAAAGAAAGUGAAAUCGCUUAAUCUUCUCUUUUAUGUUGCCAAUCAUGAUAAGAGACCCUUCAUACCAUUCCUCAAUUAUGACGAAAUGAAAAUUUGGUGUGAUAAAUUCAUGUCCAAUGAUGAUACUACCAAUGACGAACUUUUAAUUGCAGUAGACAGUUACAUGAAGUUGAUGAAAUCAUGUUGGGCUUCUAAUCCUAGCGAUAGACCUUCGUUUGAAAGAAUUAUUCAAAAGCUGACUGAUAUUUACAACAUGGAUUUCUAG